GUCAUGACCAUUUUCCUGCUGACCAGUCACUCCUUCACUGAGGGACCUCUGACCUUUUUGGUUUCUGGACGUAUCAAUGCAGGGAUGAGAUAAUAAAGUCAACCAGCCUGUGCAUGCUGCUACAACAACACCUGUGGCUCUUGUAAACCCACCCCGACCCCCUAACUCCUCCCCAAACUAAGUUCAUUUCAACAGUCAAAACAUGACCACUCCGGCUCUCCUGCCGCUGUCGGGCCGCAGGAUACCCACUCUGUCGCCGGGUGCCUCCUCUUUCCCGCACCACAGGGCUACGUUGAGGCUCUCUGAGAAGUUCAUCCUCCUCCUCAUUCUCAGUGCCUUCAUCACCUUAUGCUUCGGGGCCUUCUUUUUCCUUCCGGACAAUUCCAAGCACAAGCGCUUUGACCUGGGCUUGGAAGAUGUGCUCAUUCCUCAUAUUGACUCGCCUAAAGAGGGGAAACACGCUUCUGGACAGGUGAUCAUACAUGGACAAGGAGGACAUGAUGAGCACAGACACCGGGAGGAGGAGGAGAGCCUGCGGGACAAGAUUCGGGCAGACCAUGAGCGAGCGCUGCAGGAGGCAAAGGAGAAGCUGAGAAAGUCACGUGAGGAGCUGCAGGCUGAGAUUCAGACAGAGAAGAAUAAAGUCAUGGAGGACCUGAAAAAGAAGGAUGCAGGGCCUAAACCCUUGCCACCAGUCCCCAUGCCCAAAGUGGUUGGUGUCAGUGAUGGUGAGCCACCAGAGCCUGACGUAAAAGAGAAACGCGACAAGAUCAGAGAGAUGAUGAAGCAUGCAUGGGACAGCUACAGACAGUACGGCUGGGGUCACAAUGAGCUGAAGCCCCUUGCCAAGAAAGGACAUUCCACAAAUAUCUUUGGCAAUUCCCAACUAGGGGCGACCAUUGUGGAUGCCUUAGACACCCUCUACAUCAUGGGUCUACACGAGGAGUUCAAGGACGGCCAGGAGUGGAUCGAACAGAAUCUGGACUUUGGCGUGAAUGCUGAGGUGUCUGUGUUUGAGGUCAACAUUCGUUUCAUAGGAGGACUGCUGGCCGCCUACUACCUCUCUGGACAGGAAGUAUUCAAGCUGAAGGCGGUCCAGCUAGCCGAGAAGCUACUUCCUGCCUUUAACACCCCCACAGGAAUCCCUUGGGCCAUGGUCAACCUUAAGAGUGGUGUUGGUCGUAACUGGGGUUGGGCGUCGGCGGGCAGCAGCAUCCUGGCUGAGUUUGGGACUCUCCACAUGGAGUUUGUUCACGUCACCUACCUGACAGGGAACCCUGCAUACUACCAGAAGGUGAUGCACAUCCGGAAGCUACUAGCCAAAAUGGACAGACCCAACGGGCUCUACCCAAACUACCUGAAUCCUCGCACUGGCCGCUGGGGCCAACAUCACACCUCAGUUGGAGGAUUAGGGGAUAGUUUCUACGAGUACCUGCUGAAGGCAUGGCUCAUGUCAGACAAGACUGAUACAGAAGCUCGCAAGACAUAUGAUGACGCCAUUGAGGCCAUCGAACGCCACCUGAUACGUAAAUCCAACGGCGGUCUGACAUUCAUUGGUGAGUGGAAGAAUGGCCACCUGGAGAGGAAGAUGGGCCACCUGGCCUGCUUCGCUGGCGGCAUGUUUGCGUUGGGCGCUGAUGGCUCACCUGACGACAAGGCCGGACACUAUCUGCAGCUGGGAGCUGAGAUCGCACACACCUGCCACGAGUCCUACGACAGGACGGUGUUGAAGCUCGGCCCGGAGGCCUUUAAGUUCGACAGCGGCCUGGAGGCGGUGGCUGUACGGCAGAAUGAGAAGUACUACAUCCUGCGACCGGAGGUCAUCGAGACCUACUGGUACAUGUGGAGGUUCACCCACGAUCCCAAAUAUCGGCAGUGGGGCUGGGAGGCAGCACAGGCCAUUGAUAAGUACUGCAGGGUGAGCGGAGGUUUCUCGGGGGUGAAGGACGUCUACUCCUCCAACCCGACCUACGACGACGUGCAGCAGAGCUUCUUCCUGGCCGAGACGCUCAAGUAUCUGUACCUGUUGUUCUCCAGCGACGACCUGAUGCCGUUGGAGAGUUGGGUCUUUAACACGGAGGCUCACCCACUUCCUGUCCUCCACCUGGGCAACAUCACCCUGCCUGGCAGCGAGCCGGCUCAGCGGUAGACAGACAAAGCCCUCUUCCUUCACUGCAGCACCAGGGGGCGCCACCUGUCUGCCCGCCUGCCUGCCUGCCCGCCCACCAUCACUGGACAAACUUACAUUCAGCUCUACAGACUUUCAACUGCUUUUGGACUGCAGACAUCAACCAGAGGACACGAGGAGAGAGCCUCCCGCACAGACCACUACAGCGUGGGGAGGACUCAGUCUCCCUCUCUUCUUCUACGUUUUACUCUUUGACUCUGUGUUAUUCUCUCUGUCUUCUCUGCUUAAAUCAGAAAGAUGGUGGGUUUGCUGCUCAGCCUCACGACUGGCUUGAAUCGACUCUUUUCUCUGAAGAACCGAGCUCCAAAAACGGAGGCUUGAUUUCGCUUUUCUUUUUUUUUUUUUUUGUUAUUAUUAUUUUUAGUGUUAAUUUGAGAUUUGACCAAACUGUCCUCCCAUACAGACUCAAGCUGAGGCUCUGAGCAUGCAUAUGGGAUUUUGUGAAGGAUCACACAGCCUGUUUGACACUAAACUGAUGAACGUGUCACUUUUCCAGGCAGACAAACUUGAGGACUUUACAGGGUCUGUUGAUAAGGUGUGUUUUGUUUUUUUUUGUUUGUUUAUUUGGACAAAUUGUUAAUGGGGACACAGGGUUGAAUCAAAGCUCUUCGCUUCUCUCUGACCCAACCCCUCCCCACUCCACUUCCUGUUUAAUCUCCAUCAGACGAACUUUGACCUGGAACUGUCGCAUCAUCAAUGCGAGGGCCGGUUGUGGCAACAGUUCCCCACCUCCUCCCUCUAAUCCUCCUUUUUCAGAAAAGUGGACCAUUGUGAGUGGAACAGUAACUACAGGCGGACAGCAGCAGGCCUCCCCAUCUUCACCACUCCCCACCUCCACAUCUUUCCAGUUUCUCUCUCCAGUUAGAGACGUCACAGGGCCACUACUUUCCCCCCUAAAACAUUCUGCUGCUACUCGUUUGGAUGCUGCUUUUUUUAUCUCGAACCUUUUAUUCUGAUCACACCAUUACAUCACAGCGUUUCUCUCCAGCUUCAUCAACCCUUCUUUUUCCACCUUUUCACAAAUCACUCCAAAUCAUGUUCAUAUCAUACAUUUUGAGAUGAGGCUAGAACCCAACCAUGCUUAUGUAUGAGAGUGUGUGUGUGUGGCGGUUAAAAUACCUCUGCAGUAAAUCACUUAUUUGGGCGCUUUGAAGAGGAGAUAGCGCUGAAAGAGCUAAAUAAAUGAGAACCCUCCUACUGAGCUCCCAUGCCACAUUUUCUCAGUUCAGCCCCAUAUCACCAGUUGGACCACCUAACCUGCAAAUUGCAUGUUCUCAAAAGUUCUCCAUCAUUUGUCUUUACCACUUUUUUCCCCCCACAAUCCCACUGUCUUAUUUUCUUAAUUUUUUCAUACCUUCUCCUCUCUCCUCCAUUUUUACUGCUACCUCUCCGGUCCAUAAUAAAAAAGUCCAAAAACCUGGA